AUGGCAAAAUUUUCCAUCAAGCUUUUACUGGCUAUGGUAUGUUUCGUCGACCACAACCGUGCAUGUGAAGAAAUUUUGGCUCAAGAAGUGCAACAUGUUUUUACCACUAACAACAGAUAUUACUUCAAACAACCUUAUGUACAACGGAAAACAACGAACUCGACGAUAAUUUGUUCUAAUGUGGCUUCAGCGGCUUCACUCGAUUACAAUGUUGAGGAGAAACCCUAUCCGCAGUAUUUGGAAGUCACAAACUCGACAAUAUCACUUUUGCCAUCACUGACGUUUGAAAAAUUUCCGUCAGUCACAAAGCUGUUUUUGAAGAAUCUCCACAUCAAAAAUAUUUUGCCGGGGGCUUUCACUGGACCGAGAAAUCUCCAAGAGUUGUACUUGGAUCACAAUAAAAUGACGGAGUUGGCAAGUGGAAUCUACAAUUCUCUCCACCAACUGAAGAUUCUGAGUUUGACCCAUAACAAAAUUCAGAAAAUUGAAAAGUUUUCUUUGAUGGGACUGGCUAAACUCGAGGAGUUGCAUUUAAAGAAUAACAGUCUUUCCGUCGUGGGCAAAGAUCUCUUAGCCAUGUUAGGAAUGUUGAAAUAUUUGGACUUAUCUGAGAAUCCGUUGGUCAGUAUUUACCCUGUAAGCCCCAAAAAUCUACACGUGUUGAAAUUGUCGAAAACAUCGCUGAGCAAAUUGAGUGGAAAUUGGUCAAGUUUAAAAAUUGACAGGUUGGAUUUGAGUUUUAGCGACUUUGUUGAAGCAGAUUUUACUAAUUUUCCUGUAACAGAAAAUCUGGAUCUAAGCCACAACGAAAUCGUGUCGGUGUCUCACUGCGAGUUAUUAAAAGCAAGAAAUGUGAAACUUAGCAACAAUUAUAUUCGAGAGGUUAGUGGAACAUUCGUAGGGCUGUCGGUUCUCAAUCUGAGUAACAACAAUUUGAGAAACCUGACCAACUUUUCCUUCAAUAAUACGGGAAAACUUCAAGCAGUGGACUUUAGUUACAAUAAAAUAUCCACAAUCAGGAAGAAUGUUUUCCGUAAAUUGGACACUUUACAGCAGUUGCAUUUGCAACACAAUGAGAUUGUCAAAAUUAAUACCAUUUUGUUGCAAGAUUUGACGAACUUGAAGGUGUUGAAUUUGUCCCACAAUAAAAUCCAGGACUUGCAAUUCGGUACGUUUGAUAGGUUGAGCAACCUACAAAUUUUGGACAUUUCGUACAACGAGCUAACUGAUUUGCACCAAUACACUUUUACCGCAUUAUCCAACCUUCAGUUCUUACAUUUUGAGAACAAUAAAAUUUCGUCGCUAAACGAAGUUGAUUUAAAACAUCACUUACCCAGGUUACAGGUUGUUGAUUUAGAUAAAAAUCUCUGGCAGUGUAAGGAUCUCGUCCAGAUUUACAGUGUCUUGCAAGCCAUGAAAGUUAUGAUUGUGCCUGGAUUCACUUUUGAUGUUGAAAAUUUCCGAGGAAUUUCUUGCCAAAACGACAAUGAAGUCACAGGAACUGAAUAUGACGUAGAAGCAACCUCGGGUGAAACGAUGGUUAAAAAUCUGCAGCAAUCCUUGGAUGAAGCCAUAAAAAACUCUACAUUGGUUAGAUUUUUCAACGAAGAUUUUGGAAAUUCGAGCUUUUUUAAAUUUUUGAACAAUUACGAGGCGUCGUUGGAGAAACGCGAAGUUUUGGAUGAGAAAUACAUGGAAAAAUUAACAUCGUCGGUGGUUCAAGAGGUACCCGAAAAUUACAGGGAUAAAAUUUUUGUGGCUGUUGUUGUUGUACAAGUUAUAGUUUUAGCGUUGUUGUUACUCGUCGUCUGCUUAAUUUUAAAAUAUCUGAAACGAAGGAAAGUGGUGAAUGAGAGAAAAAGUAUUUCCGAGUUUUCCGAGUUGCAAUUCUUUUAG